AAAUGAUGAUCUCCUCUCUCUCUCUUCUUCUUCCCCUUCCUUUGGAUACAGCAACAAAGCGCGCAACACAAUUAAAUCACCCUUUCUGAGUGUCGCGUCUGCGUUGAUUCUUCGACAGGCUCAACAUUCAUAAAUCAACAAUUUCCCUUCAGUCAUUAACUGGGAGCACAGCCAGAUUGUCGUGCUUCCCAGUCUGUCCUCCUGCCGCGCUCGCCCCCACUGGAAGACAUUCCCAAUUCUCUCUCUCCAACACUGAUCCACCAUAUGGAUUCUAGUGACGAGUUUUCUCACUACAAAAGUAUUUGAUCAAAUAAGUGAAUAUUUAUCAAAGACAGACACCAAACCCACAACAUUUCCAGCGGAGAAUAAGCAAAAAGUGAUUGUAACGUGAUCUAUUGCUUGGGGAAUUGAAGAGAAGUGAGUGGAAAAAAAAUCACCUAAUGAGCUCUAAACCGAUGAAAACAUCUUUGCACGAGUUUGUAGGGAAAAAGACUGAAGAAUUUCUGUGUUUAUGAAAAAAGACCACCUGAACAGAUAAUGUUAAUUACGCCUACGCAUGUGGAACUUCUGUGUUUAAUAUUUCGGAAGUUGUGGGCUAUCAUAUAAAAUAAUCCGCACCGAUCCAACUAGUCUUCAUAGAGAGAUUCUGGUUCAUCCAGCACAGUUAUCGCAUCUCUUAUCUGCACCACCCAAUUUGCCAACGACUGUCUUUGCGCAACGGUGUGAAAAUGAUAUCGCAUUUAGUUGUUUGGCUGCUGGCCACAAGUGCUGUGUAUGCGGCUUUUGACAUUCGCGCCUGGAAAAUGGAGCGAAAGUACAAGGAAUACUUGAAUAAGCGCGCUUACUACAUCGCCGAGGAGGAGGAUCGCUCCGUGGGCAGUGAUAUUGAGCUGACAGCGAAGGAGCAGUUCGUCAAUGCCCGUCUUAUGGCACUCAAGGAAGCCGAACUCCAGGAAGGCCUCGAGAAUCCAGCCGAAUUCAUACCGUGGAAUCAUCUCUUCGACGUCCUCUAUCGCAUCAACUCCUCCGAGAUCUUCGACAUCAUCCAUCGCAUGCCCAAGGGUGGCAUUCUCCAUGCCCACGACACGGCCCUCUGCAGCACUGACUACGUCAUCUCACUCACCUACGAGCCAGAUCUCUGGCAGUGCACCAAUCCCACGACGCUCGCUCUGACAUUCAAGUUCUCCCGAGAGGCGCCAGCCAACACUGAGAACUGCCAAUGGAGUCGCACGGCUGAUGAACGCACAAAACUGGGCGAGGAGAAGUACAAUUCCAAUCUCAGGUCGCAACUCUCCAUGUACAACGAGGAUCCCAUCAAUCACAAUCGCGAUGUGGACUCCAUUUGGCGCCAGUUCAUGGGUAUUUUCGGCGUGAAUGACGGUCUCCUCUGCUAUGCGCCCGUGUGGAAGAAGUACUACAAGCAAUUCCUCAAGGAGAUGAUGGAGGAUGGCGUUCAAUACUUGGAAUUGCGAAGCACCCUUCCGCCGCUCUACGAUCUCGAUGGACACAUUUACAAUGAAGAAGAGAUCCUCCAGAUCUACCAGGAUGCCACGAGGGAGUUCAAACAGGACAAUCCCACCUUUAUUGGCGCCAAAAUUAUUUACGCCCCCGUGAGAGUGGUCGAUGACGAAGGUAUCCCACCAUUGAUGGAUAAAGUACGCAAUCUGCAUGAGAAGUAUCCCAACUUUAUGGCCGGUUUCGAUCUUGUGGGCCAGGAGGACAAGGGAAGACCCCUAAUUGACUUCAGUGAAGGGAUUAUGUCACUGAGCGAUUCCAUCCAUUUCUUCUUCCACGCCGGCGAGACGAAUUGGGAUGGAAUGACAGAUGAUAACUUAAUUGACGCCGUCCUUUUGGGGACCAAGAGAAUCGGUCACGGAUACGCUAUUCUCAAACACCCUCGCGUGCUGAAGCAAGUCAAGCGCGACAAGAUCGCCAUUGAAGUGUGUCCGGUUUCCAAUCAAGUCCUUCGCCUCGUCGCCGACCAGAGAAACCAUCCAGGAUCUGUCUUGCUGGCCAACAAGGAGUACCCCGUGGUGAUCAGCUCCGAUGAUCCGUCAUUCUGGGAGGCUAAGCCUCUCAGCCACGACUUCUACAUGGCCCUGAUGGGACUCGCGUCCAGACGCCAGGGUCUGGGUCUCCUCAAGCAGCUGGCCAUCAACUCUAUCAAGUACAGCGCCAUGACGCCACUUGAGAAGAUGAACGCCAUGCGUCUCUGGGAAGCCGAGUGGAAGAAAUUCAUCGACGAAUUGGCCGCUUAAGUCAAAGAGAUACAAUUGCGCCUUAUCAAUUGAAUAUUAUCAUUAUUCGAAUGUAUUGGGCCGCGAUUGACGUCAAUAAAGAGAACUAUUGUUCCGG